GAGACAGAAGACAUCAGCUGAGAAAGAAGUUGAUGAGAAUACUUUGCCUUCACAAGAUCACUGCAAGAGCUUACAUGAGCAUCCUGGGGUCCCUUUCAUCUACUAUAGGCCUUACCCGAUGGGCUCAAUGGCACAUCCAAAUCCCUCAAAGAUUCUUCUUAACCCAGUACAAGCAUCUGAAUUUGAACCAGCCCAUUCAUCUUAAAUCCAAAGUAAAGGAAGCUCUCAAAUGGCGACUCUCAAAGCCAAACCUGACCAAAGGUUUUCCCCUGGGUGAUAUACCUUGGAUGGUAGUCACCACGGAUGCAAGCCAAACAGUAAGCGGUGCCCACCUGUACCAGAUAUACCUUCAAGGUAAAUGGCCUGUAUACCUCCGAGGAGCAUCUUCCAACUACCUGGAA